CAGAAAAAGGAUUAUUUGAGUCACUGUCUCCCUCUGGCGUCUCAGCAUUCUGGAAAGGACAGUCGUUCCCUUGGCUACCAGCCGCCUGCCUAGAUCUAGAACGUUGCUCUACAGGCAGGUUAGGGGAGUUACUCUUGCUCUCCUGUUGUUCACUGUGCAUUUUGAGACGGGCAAAGCAGAGGAACAAAGCGCGCAUUCUGGUGGCCGGUUUGAAAUCAUUGGAAGAAACUAUGGAGACCGCUUGACAUGACCAUGGAAAACAUUUUGCAAUCUGCUACGCAGGGGCUUCGGUGACGCAGCUCUGGUCAAGGUCUGUUUUUGGUAGCACUUUGGCAGUCAAACUGCUGUAAGCAAUCAGGUACAAAAGCACCAAGGAGCAAGACAGUUCAAACCUCUUAGCCACAUUCUCAAUUACCAGAUUGCUAGUCCCCAAGGAUACUCAAUGUUUCUUGCCGAGUAGUCUCUGUAUUGAGGGAUGGCAGACGAAGAUGCCUUCAUAAGAGCUGCAGGAGAAGAUUCCUUCAUAAGAGCUGCAGGCUUGAACCUUGGUGAAGAGCCAUUGGCACAACCUUCCGUGAAAAAGACGACCAGAGUGCGAAAGGACUUUCGGCCUGGGGAGGGCACGCGCAAGCGUCUCGAGAAGUCUGCCGAUGAUGUCAUCACCCAAUUCAAGAACGCGUGCCGAGGAGACCCGAAAUUGGAGGCGCCCCUGCUGCGGCAUUUGUUGGGGGAUCCCCGUAUGGAAACGGCCAAGAAGGAGUGCGGCAUCAACAUUCCAACAAGAAGAGUGGAGCCCCCGAAGCUGACCAAGAAGCGCUUGCAGCGGAUGGAGCGGGAGCACCUCAGCCCUGCGGAGAGGAUCGCGCAGGACGCACAGACGGUCCAGGAGAAGCACCACAGCGGCAGCCUGGACACUUUACCCACGGCGGUCAUCCGCAACUUUCUCCUCUCGCAAGGGCAGAAAACGUCAGGCACGAAGGAGAAGAUCAUCGAGCGGGUGCGUCACAUCCUGGAUUCACAGGGUCAGGGGCCGGCGCCUAUGGAUGGGAUGCUUACUGUGGAGCCCGCUCUUGAAACGAACGGGGAUUCCCAUGCCUCGGAAGACUUGGCCAUCGCGGCAAAUGGGACAUAUGCGCUGCCCGUGAGCCGGGCACAGCCGUUUGUCACGACUCAGCAAUUAUGAGUUCGGAGGGUCUGUCUUGUCAACCAACAAGCGAGGUUGAGUCUCUAAUAAGCGGUUUUGUAUAUAAUGAUGAACGUGGAACGAAACGCAUGCCUUUCCAAAUCAACGUCAACUGGAAACAUAUUCUUAGUAAGGUAAGGUUUUCCAGGCAUCUACUGAAUGUAAAGUCGGAUACACUGCUUGGUGCAAUGUUAGCACGUCUCAGCUGGCAAGCAGAUUAGGCUGCAUGGUUUUCAGUUCCCGUUUUAGCGUCCUUCCUUCUGGAGAAGUAUUUGUCAUUGUCAUCGUGGAUCUGUUUAUCAUGUUGUAGACCUUGCUGAGUCCUAGCUAACUUGAAGACCUGCUCUGUAAAGGUUUGAUGCUCUUACAGAGCAUAGUACGGGUACCUAUAUAUCGUG